AUGGCGCUCUCACCUAUGCAAUUCGCGCUCAUACAAGCCGCCGUGAUCGGCUCCCUAUCCAACAUCAUAGCCCAGGUCAUUGCCGCUCAGAGAGAUAACAAACCAAUCACAAUCAACCUCCUCUCCCUCUUCCAAUACGUCCUCUUCGGCCUGGUCAACACCCCCCCCAACAUCCUCUGGCAGGAAUACCUCGAGUCCACCUUCCCUUCUUACCACCCCUCCCCCACCCCGGAAGCCAUCGCCUCCGCGUCAAAGGGUUCAGAAGCAGAACUCGACGCCGAGGAGAAGGAAGGGAAACUUGUCGAGCCAAAGCUGAACAGGCGGAACACCGCCAUUAAGACCCUGCUGGAUCAGACGGUCGGCGCGGCGGUGAACACGUUUUUGUACUCGAUGUUUAUGAACGGGAUUCAAAUGGGCAUGGCACAUCACGAACUAGAGGCACAGACGAGCCUGGGGUUUCUGUUUGGGGAAAAGGGCGUGGUGAGGGCUCAAGAUGUGAACUGGGGGGUUGUGUGGGAGAGGACAAGGGGUGAGUUUUGGGGGAUUGUCAAGGCGGGGUGGAAGUUUUGGCCGGUGAUCAGUUUGGUGAACUUUACGUUUUUGAAGAGCGUGGAGAUGAGGAAUUUGGUUGGGGGGUUGGCGGGGGUUGGGUGGGGGGUUUAUGUUAAUUUGUUUGCUGGGAAUUGA